UCCGUUGAUGCCCAGAUUCAGCGUCUCGAGGACGAAGCUGACGAGGCUCUGGCAAAAGUCCUUCGAGCCAAUAAGCAGAAGAAGCUGCUUUAUGCUCGGAAACAACGGAUGAUAGCGGCUGGUCUUAAUUCCCUUGAAGAAUUGGAUGCCGCUGAAGAAUUGGAAAGGAAAGAGAAGGAACGGGAGAGAAAGGAGCAAAGGGAGAAAGAAGCCGCUCGUCUGGCCGCCCUUCCGAUCCCUACUGCCUCCGACCCCUUUCCCGACCUGGUUCUCGAUCCUGCUUUCCUCGAGACCCUCUCAGGCGACCCUGAGAUGUGGGCAACCCUGGGUUUCGGCGAUGGAACUCCUGAAGUUCCUCCGAGUACUGGGUAA